AUGGCGCCGCCCCUCUUUUCCAAAAUGGAGAUGGCCUUGCGGAGGAGACGCGCCUCAGAUCGAGAGCCUACAAGAGAUCCGCUGCUGGCACUGCAUGCCGAGCUUGCCGCCCCCGCCCAGCCUAACUUCCGACAACUAGCCUUUGUCGGUUUGUACGGCUGGCUCGAUCACGUAGCCUCGAUGGAAAAGAGUGCCCGGGCUCGCCCUUCUCUACAUUGCAAGGACUGUCGAACUGACCGUCAUUCCGUCUCUCCCUUGAUGAUCAUUGCAACCACCAGCAAAAUGGCUCCCGUCAUCUCCCAGCCCGUUCCCCCUUCCUGGAAGGACCUUGGCAAGGCUGCCAACGACCUCCUGUCCAAGGACUACCCCAUCCACGGCAACUCGCUCGAGGUCAAGACCAAGACGCCCAACGGUGUCACCUUCCGCGUUCUCGGCAUCCGUGACUCCAAGUCGCAGGCCAUCAACGGCGACCUCGAGGCCAAGUGGGAGGACCGCAAGAACGGCGUCACCUUCACCCAGGCCUGGUCCACCGCCAACGUGCUCCGCAACCACAUUGAGCUCGAGAACCACAUCGCCAAGGGCCUCAAGCUCGAGCUCGUCUCGACGCUCGUGCCCGAGAAGCAGACCAAGAACGCGCUCUUCGCCUCGACCUACAAGCAGCCUGGUCUGCACACCCGCCAGCACCUUGAUCUCUUCAAGGGCCCCACCUUCACCGCCGACGCCGUCCUCGGCCGCGACGGCUUCCUCGCCGGUGCUGAGGCCAGCUACGACGUCAAGGAGGGCAAGCUGAGCCGCUACAACCUCGGCGCCGGCUUCCACGCCCCCGACUACGCCGUCACCUUCCACGGCCUCGGCAACCUGUCGACCUACUCGGCCAGCUACUACCACCGCGUCAACGCCGACACCGAGGCCGGUGCCCGUGCCACGUACGACUCCAAGAGCCCCAACUCGAACGUCAACCUCGAGGUCGGCACCAAGACCUACCUCGACAACGCCGCCUUCGUGAAGGCCAAGAUCAACAACUCGGGUAUCCUCUGCCUCGGCUACACCCAGGCGCUCCGCCCCGGCGUCAAGGCCUCGUUCGGUCUUGCGCUCGACACCGCCAAGCUCAGCGACGCGCAGGCUUCGGCCAACGCCCACAAGCUGGGUGCCUCGGUCACCUUCGAGGCCUAA